CUGCGUCCGCGCAACGCGCUCGCGUGUUUACAUUCAAAUUAAGAACGAAUUGAUCGUGUUAUAGAUCGAUGUAAUUUGGAAAUGUGGAAGACUUUUUAGGACGUUCUAGUGUUUUUUAGUUUUAUUUUUUUUUCUGUGUUCUUAUUUUUUUUUUUAUUGGAGGUUAUUGUUGCUGUUAACAUGUUCCGAUACGUGGUACCCCUCAUAAUGGUGCUGUCAUCAGCAAAUUCAUGGCAGGACUUGAGACCAUACCAUUUAGAAGCACCUUUCAAGAAAGUUCAAGUAGCAUCAGAGUCACAAAUCAAAUUUGCCAUAGAGAACAAAUACGACGAUACAGGACCGGGAGCUAAACAGCCGGAGUACGCUUACAACACGUACAAGAACUUAGAAGAUGCACUAAUAGCGUACUUAGAUGACCCAGAUACAAAGCUUCCACAACACGAAAGAAACAAAGCUAUCAACAAGCUCAUGCAAUCACAAUUCUAUGCUGGAACGACCCCUUUUACCAAAAAUGAAAAUUACAAUAUAUUCGACAAGUACCAGUUCAAACCCUUGAACCAGGAAGCGAUUUACAAUCAUCAAAAAAGCAAACUGUUCUUCUCUACCGAGGAUAAGAUAAGGCCUACAGACCUUGUGGUGCCGACUCUUCAACUAGAUAAGAAACCGGAACCGUUCAAGUUCCAGAAGAUACAGUCGGUGAAGGGCAGUCCCUUGAGCCUGGCGCACUACACCAGGGAUCCUGACUUGAAGGUGGCCUACGACAACUUUGACUCACACCCCAAGUACACAUUUUCGUAUGGAGUUCACGACAAAAACACAGGUGACUCGAAGACUGUCCAGGAGAGCCGAGACGGUGGCACUGUGAAGGGAUACUACAGCUUCAUAGACGCUGAUGGGAAGACACGCACUGUCUACUACACAGCAGAUGACAAGCAAGGGUUCAGGGCUAAAGUGCAGAAAACUAAUUAGGUGUCAACCCUAGUCUAAUCAAAGCGAUGGUACUUUAUUCUAGAAAAAAAAACUAUUUUACCCGAAGUUCGAAAAGGGUUUCAAUUGUAAUAAUAGGUCUUUACCUAUGAAAUUACCGUUUUGCAUGAAAAAAUUCAAACGAAUAUUUUUAUUUGAAAUGCGAUAAAAAUGUAACACUAAUCAAUAAACAAAUGACUACUUUUGAAAAAAGAAUCCCAUGUUUUUAAAACAAAAUUAAUUAGCCUUAGCCUAACAAAAACUAUUUUGAUUUGAAAUGGCCAGUACUGCAGAACGGCAAUUUCAUAGGUAAAGACCUAUUAUAUGGAUUGGGAUCGUUUGGUAGUAGGUACGAGGUAUUCCACAUUGCGCUCCCGUAGGUAGGUACUGAUAAAUGACAUUAUUAGAAUAUUUCCUAAUAAGUAAGUUAUAACAAAUCCCAACUCGAAAGUCUCAUUAACAAAUUUCUUUUCCUUGAAACACUUUAAGAUUUUGCCAUGUCGUCAGAAAAAUCCAUUAAUAAAAAACUACUUAUAAAGUAG